AUGGGCCGAUCAGCAAUUUUUUAUCUCGCAAGUUUGCUGACCGGUUUGUCACACGCCGCUGUCAACAUCACAGUCGCCCACCAUGCGGAUGCCGCGCCUUACACCGCCAACAUCACCCAGUUGCCCAUGAGAGUCUACGGAGAUGAUGCCUACCCAGUGUGGCACCGACGUCUGACGCCACCUGAGACGCCCAGAUGCAGAUACACUGGUUACAAACCCGGGGCUGAAGUACUCAAGAAGGGGUCAAUCCGGCGCGAAGGGGCUAGACCCUUAUUGACCGACAUCCUGCAUCUCCGCGAUGUCCCAUUGGAGCUGCGUGAUAGUUUCAUUAUCUACGUUGAUAUUUUCAGACCAGUCGAAGAUGGCCAAUAUCCAACUAUCAUGAACUGGAGCCCAUACGGAAAGGAAAUCGGCAACCAACACCUCGACGACUUUGAAGGACGAUACAACGUUCCGCUUUCAACCGUUUCGGACAUACAGAAGUGGGAGGCACCGGACCCUGACCCAUGGGUGGCCUCAGGAUACGCCCUUGUGCUCCCCGAUAGUCGUGCUGAAGAUGGCUACGACGCUAUCGAGUGGAUAGCCGAGCAGACCUGGUCUAACGGCAAGGUCGGAAUGGCCGGCAACAGCUGGCUGAUAGUCUCUCAGUGGUUCAUCGCCGCCGAGAAACCGCCGCACUUGACAGCCUUGGCCCCAUGGGAAGGCUUUACGGAUACAAUGCGCGACCAGGACAUGCGAGGCGGUAUACCACAAACAGGCUUAAACGAAGAUUUCAUCGAGAUUCAGUCGGGAAAUCACUUCAUCGACGAUACCGUGCACAUGGCGCUGCGUGAGCCAAACGAUACGCUUUAUUGGCAAGACAAGGCCGCCCAUUUGACUAAUAUUGGUAUCCCAGCCUACGUUGUGGCUUCUUACGAGAAUAUGCUCCAUACUCGUGGAACUCUUGAUGCGUUCAAUGCUAUUAGUUCGACCCAGAAAUGGUUGCGAAUUCACAACAGCCACGAAUGGUACGACAUGUACCAGAAUUCGAGCCAAGCAGAGCUUCACCAAUUCUUUGACCACUAUUUGGAAGAUGUCGACAAUAAUUGGAGCAAGACACCAAAAGUGCGCAUCUCGCUGCUCGACCCCGGCCGCAACGAAGAUAUUGUCAAUCGUGUCGUCGACGCCUGGCCACCAUCUGGCUACGCUCCAACUAAGUUGUAUCUACAUUCCAACAAGACUAUGUCACCCGAGAAGAGCGCCAAGCAGUCCAGUGUCACGUAUGCUGCGGUCAAUGGCUCUGUAGUGUUUCGCAUGCCCGUACACACAGAGAGCGAGCUAGUGGGUCCCAUCAAACUGCGCCUCUGGGUCGAAGCCUCCGGCUCCAAUGACAUGGAAAUUGAGGCCAUCGUCCAAAAGGUGGAUAAGAACGGAGACCUUCUUUAUCGCAACCUGCCGCAGGGCGGCAACAGUACCACGACUGCGACCAAUUACCAGCGCGUAUCCCGCCGUCAAAUUGACCCAGAGCGUUCCACCGACGCCGAGCCCUUCCUUCUGCUCCAAGGCGAGGAGCUGCUUAAUGAGGGUGAAAUUGUGCCCAUCGAAAUAGGUGUCUGGCCAAUUGGGCUACGUAUCCAUGCCGGUGAGGUUUUGCAGGUCACCGUGCAGCCGUUCGUUGACAACUCCACGACCCAAACUUUUGGUGUUGCUGAAAUCCCUGUCGCAAGAGACUCUUUCACCUACAUGCCAAAUGAGACUGGCGUGGUGAUUGAGAAAUUUGGCGACCCAAGUCUGUAUAUGCCUGACUGGGUUGAGAAGCAGGCGCCUGCGUUUGAAUCAAUCAAUGCAGGUACUCAUAUCAUCCACCUUGGCGGCGAAUACGAUAGCCACCUGCUGGCACCUCUCAAGGAAGUCCGAUAA